ACGGCUCCGCGGGUCACUCCGGGCUCUCUCUCUCUCUCUCUCUGUUUCUCUCUCUCUCUGUGGAGUCUGCCGGAGUGGAGCGCCGGAGUGCCGAUGGAGAGCUGCCGGAGCGGAGAGCUCUUCACGUGUUUUUGGGGGACUCUAGCAGGAGGACUUUGUCACCGCCGUGUAGACGAGCUCCGAGUGCUCCACAUUUAAAUCUUUACUUUUUGUCCGGCAGAGGAGGUUUUUUGUUGCAUGACGCGUUCAGGGACUUAUUUCUUCCUCUGAAGCUUGAAGCUUUGGCAGAUCUUACAGGUGAAUCUAGUGAUGUCCAUCCUGCUGUACGUGAUGGUCCUCGUGUACCUCUAUGGUAUCCAGGCGACCAACAUGGACAGCAGUCGCCGGGGGCAACAGCAGCAGCAGCAGCCGAGUCCCGACCCCUUGAACUCCCUCAUCAUCCAGCUGCUCCAGGCGGACCUGACGCGGGGGAAGACCAGGGGGAACCAGAGCCAACAGGGGAGAAGCAGGGACAGCGAGCCCCCCGACACGCUGCCCGCCAUCCUGCUCCCCCUGGAGGGCGACGCGGAGCAGUGGGGGACGGGGGGCCGCAGCGCCGCCGCCGACCAGCAGGUGAUGCUGCUGAACUCGGACGUUCUCAGGCAGCACAAGCGGUACAACUCGCCCCGGGUGCUGCUGAGCGACCGGCCGCCGCUGCAGCCGCCGCCGCUCUACCUCACGGACGACUACGGCGGCGGCGGCGGCGGGUCGGACGGGGCGGCGGCGGGCAACAAGACGCGGAAGAAGCGCUACGUCGAGCACAAGAGCUACCGCGGGGAAUACUCGGUGUGCGACAGCGAGAGCCAGUGGGUGACGAACAAAACCCAGGCGGUGGACACGGGGGGCUACCCCGUCGCCGUCCUGGCCAAGUUUAAAAUCAGCGCCACGCAGGACAUCAAACAGUUCUUUUACGAGACGCGCUGUCGGACCCCCAGGCCCUUCAAAGGCGGCUGCAGGGGCAUCGACGGCAAGAACUGGAACUCGCAGUGCAAGACGACGCAGACGUACGUCCGGGCGCUGACGCAGGUCCGCAACUCGGUGGGCUGGCGGUGGAUCCGCAUAGACACGUCCUGCGUCUGCGCGUUGUCACGGAAACGUCGCAGGACGUAACAUCUUUUUUUUUGCAACACGCUGGUGACUCCCCGGUUUGGAGUUCUACUCCCCGUUCGGAUUCUACUUCCUGUUCACGGCGCCCCCCACCCACCACCCACCACCUCAGGGCGGUGGAGAGCAACACGCUGCUCUGAACUGAAACUUCUCCUGAAGAAUUAUCGGGUCCGUUUAAAAAAUGAUAUUUCACUUUAAUGUGCCGCGCAAACCCACAAAGUUACGGAAGAAGUCGCGUGGGAGGGGGCUGGGGAGGGAGGGGAGGGGGACUGUACAUAUAAAUUAUUUAAAUUAUAUGAAAUGCAUGUAGUUUAUACAUGCUUAUCGAUCUAUAUAUAUAUGAAUUAUGAAUAUAUUUGUGUUAUUUAUUGAAGGAGGUCUUCUCAAAAGGAAGAAAAUGUCUAAAAAAGGAACGAAACAAGCUAUGAACUCACUUUUUAAUACGGUGCUUCACGGUAAGAUUUGACAUGUGCCUUGACUAGAGCCGAGAGGUAAUUACAUGGUAAUUCACACACAGCACAUUCUUUUUGGAGGGAUGAACCGAAAAAAAUCAUCCUAUGUCGUUAAAAAACCACCCAUUUGAGAUUUGUGACCAAACAUUCCCACCACAUUCAGUUAUGACCAAAUAAAAAAUAGGAAUUCUUCUUGUGGAACCUGCUGGCAGUGACUGACGGAGAUUCAAGAAGAUCCAACCGUUUGGUUUUCAUCAGCCCACCUAGACUCUGUUCACCACGCUUUACCCUCAACUGUCACCAUGAGAUGUUUUUUGUUUCUUCCUUUUAAUAAAAAAAACAACUAUA